AUGGCCAUGCGUCGCCUCCAGGACCACCCCAACAUCCUCAAAAUCCUCGAGGUCAUGGCCACCAAGAUCAAGAUCUAUCUUGUCGUGGAGCUCGCCACGAGCAGUGAGCUGUUCUCCAAGAUCUCGUGCCGUGGCAAGCUAGCUGAGCCGUCGGCACAGCGGUACUUCCAGCAGCUGGUAUCGGCGCUGCAUUUUUGCCACCAAAACAGUGUCACCCACCGCGACGUGAAGCCUCAGAACCUCCCGGUUCAAUUUGAAGAUGUUGUCUCGUCUUCAUGGGGUCAGUUUGAUUUCAUAAGUGGUGAUUUUAGAAACAACACUGAACAGAGAAACGGUUUACUGCUGAGCGCUGAGCAGCCGUUGUUGACUGCUCGGCAUGGACUUCAACAGAAAAUCCUGCUUCUUCUACAUAGUGAUAAGGACUUCUCUGGUGAUGGGGGGUUCCAAACUUCCAUCUUUGCAUUUCUUGGUGUUUUGUCUCUUAUACUACUUCUGGUUCAUGCCCAGAAUCAAUCAGACUUCAUAAGCAUAGAUUGUGGGUUGCCAGCAAACUCAACAUAUAAGGAUGUGAAAACAAGCAUAGAUUACAUCUCUGACGCUAACUACAUAGACACUGGUAUUAGUAGGAACAUAGAAUCUGAAUUGCAAGGUACCCUUCAACAGCAGGUAUGGAAUGUCAGAAGCUUUCCUCAAGGAGUCCGGAACUGUUACACCAUAAACAUCACAAGAGGCACUAUAUAUUUGAUACGAGGAACCUUCUUGCAUGGGACUUACGAUGGAGAAGGUAAUAAUUUACCAGAAUUCGAUCUGUAUCUCGGGACCAACAUGUGGGAUACAGUCAAGGUGGAGAAUUCAUCCUAUAGUAUUAUCAAGGAGCUCAUACAUGUCGCAUCUCGAAACUAUAUACACGUCUGUCUAGUAAACACCGGCCUCGGGACACCAUUUAUAUCAGCACUCGAGUUCAGGCCAUUAAACAACAACUCGUACGAGACCAAACAUGGACCAUUGGCACUAUUUUUGCGCGCAGAUACUGGUUCAACUAGCGAUUACGAAUACCGGUACCCAGACGAUGUCCAUGAUCGCAUCUGGACGCCCUAUAACCGCAUUGAAUGGAAAGGCUUGAGCACAGAUCAUCCUAAAAUUCCUGAUUCCCUAAAUGAUUACGAGCCACCAUCUGUUGUCAUGAAAACUGCAGCCACCCCAAUAAAUGAGAGCGCUCCCAUGGAAUUUAAUUGGGAAGCAGACAAUCCGAAUACCCAAUUCUAUAUCCACCUGGACUUCGCUGAAGUCGUAAAGCUAGAACCCAACCAGUCCAGAUCAUUCAACAUUACUCUGAAUGGGGAAUACUGGUAUGGACCUCUUGUUCCUGAAUACCUGUAUGCAUAUACUCUUUACGGUAUUACGUCGCCCGAGAGUAAUGGAAGUAGUACGUAUAAUUUCUCGAUGUUCAAAGCGGAAAAUUCUACACUUCCACCCUUCCUCAACGCAGUUGAGAUAUAUUCUGUGAAAGAUUUCUUGCAAUCAGAAACAGACCUAGAGGAUGUUGAUGCCAUCAGAAGGAUCAAAUCAACAUAUGGAAUAAAGAGAAAUUGGCAAGGAGAUCCAUGUGCCCCGAAAAACUACUCGUGGGAAGGUCUAGAUUGUAGCUAUGAUGGUGAUAAUGCCCCCAGAAUCACAUCCUUGAACUUGUCCUCAAGUGGAUUGACCGGAGAGAUAUCUGAUCAUAUAUCAAAUCUCCUAAUGUUACAAUCUUUGGUUCUAUCAAACAAUAGCUUGACAGGACCAGUGCAUGAUUUUCUGUCUAAAUUACCAAACUUGAGGGUCUUAAACUUAGAACGAAACAAGCUCACUGGUUUAGUUCCACUUGAUCUAAUUGAAAGAGGGGAGAGUGGUUCACUAACGUUAAGCGUGGAAGAAAAUCCAGAUCUAUGUGGGUCCCGUUAUUGCAAAACGAAGAAAAACAACAUUAUGAUUCCAUUAAUAGUAGCAUCAAUCGUCGGUGGAUUGCUUAUCAUCACAUUGAUUGUCAUCAUGGCUGUCUUUUGGGGAUUAGAAGGAGAACAAAACAGGGUACAUGCUGAAUCGAAGACGCAGAAUGUGUCAUUGGAGUCUAUACAACGUCAAUUUACAUACUCGCAACUACUAAGAAUGACCAAAAACUUUGAGAGAAUUCUUGGAAAGGGUGGAUUCGGAACAGUUUAUCACGGCUACAUAGAUGACACCCAAGUUGCAGUGAAGAUGCUCUCUCGUUCAUCAGUUCAAGGGUAUCUGCAAUUUCAAUCAGAGGUUAGACUUCUUACGAGAGUUCAUCAUCGAAACUUGACUACCCUUUUUGGCUACUGCUUUGAAGGAACAAACAUGGGGCUCAUUUUUGAGUACAUGGCCAACGGAGACUUGGAAGCACAACUUUCAGAUGGGAACGCAAAGACCUUGACUUGGGAAGAUAGACUUCGAAUAGCGACGGAGACUGCACAAGGAUUGGAGUAUCUGCACUGUGGUUGUAAGCCACCUAUAGUCCACAGAGACGUGAAGACUACAAACAUAUUGCUGAACGAAAAUAUGCAGGCAAAACUAGCUGAUUUUGGGCUCUCCAAGAUUUUCCCUACUGAUGGUGACACUCAUGUUUCUACAGUUGUUGCUGGCACCCCUGGCUACCUUGACCCCGAGUACCACAUAACAAACAGGUUAACUGAGAAAAGUGAUGUUUAUAGCUUUGGAGUAGUUCUGCUGAAGAUAAUCACGGGUCGACCCGCUAUAGAAAGAUCUGAGGCAAGAACUCACGUUAGUCAAUUCGUGAGGUCCAUGCUUGCCAAGGGGGACAUAAAAAAUAUAGUUGAUCCCAGGUUGCAUGGAAACUUCGACAGUAACUCUGUUUGGAAAGCCAUUGAAAUAGCAAUUGGUUGUGUUUCUCCAACUGCUGUGGAAAGGCCAACCAUGAGCCAGGUAGUGGCGGACCUAAAGGAGUGUAUGGCAACUGAAUUAGCUCGGGCGAACGAGGGAAAUUCUAGAGAAUCCAAGAAUAUGGUUAACAUGGAUCUGUCUAGUGCACUCAAGUCGUUGGCAAGGUAAACGUAUGUACGUACAGAUUGAAACUAAUCAUAUACAUGGUGUAUCGAAUCCAGAACAUGAUUUUCUCAUGCUUUACGGCCCGUAUCUUUCUAUCGAUGAAUAAUAUUGUUUCUGAU